AUGGAUCACGUACAAACCGAUUCUGUGCAUGUGGAUUUACCGAAAACCGAAAUGCCAAUUAUGUCAAAAACAAUAAGCUCAGAUGUGGUUACUGACUUAGCCAAAUCUUUUGCCGACCAAGUUAACUUGAAUAGACUUCCUCCGCCUGAACCUCCGAUAUUUAAUGGCGAUCCAUUAAAAUAUGCGUCUUGGAAAGUAGCUUUUGAGACCCUUAUUGAGCGAAGGAACAUACCACCUUUAGAGCAAAUCCAUUACCUACGUAGGUAUGUUGGAGACUCCGUUCGUGAAGUAAUCGAAAACUUUUUCCUUAUUGCAACAGAUGACUCUUAUUUUGAUGCUAAAAAACUGUUAGACCAAAGGUAUGGUGACCCGUUUAUCGUUGGUAAUGCUUUUCGUGACCGACUAGAAAGGUGGCCUAAGAUAGCGUCUCGUGAUAGCUUAGGAUUGAGAAAAUUUUCAGAUUAUAUUAAACAGUGUCUUUCCGCAAUGAAAACGAUCAAGAAUCUGAACGUUCUUAACGAUGAUCGUGAGAACCGAAAACUUUUAUCAAAAUUUCCCGACUGGAUAGUUACACGAUGGGGACGAAUUGUCGCUCAACAUAAAAGUGAGCAUCAUACAUUUCCCUCAUUUCAGACUUUUUCUGUGUUUAUUGAACGAGAGUCAACGAUUGCGAACGAUCCUGUUACUUCUCUCAACUCUCUUAAAACAGAUAGUACAUGUACACCACGAAAUACGGACACAAACUUUCGAAGUGUUAAAAAUGACCGUGAUACACCACGCAGAAAUGCAUUUGCAACGGAGACAAAGUCGACUAGUUAUGAUAGGACCAAAGAAAGUAACUCCGGUGCUAAUAAGAAUUGUUUGUUCUGUCACAAGGCUGGACACAUACUUGAUUCAUGUAGAAACUACCUUGCAAAAUCUGUACAAGAGCGUAAAGAAUUUGCUAAGAGAACAGGCUUGUGCUUUGCUUGUUUAGGCUCUGGACAUUUAUCGAAACAGUGUAACAAACGCGCAACGUGCAGCAUUUGCACAAAACGACAUCCGACAGCCUUUCAUGGAGAUGUAGUUAAACAAUAUCCGAACAAUUCAAAACAACCUACACCUUGUAAUGAGGAAAAGGAACUUUAUAAGUCUCAAACUGGUGCGGUUUUAAUGAGCAUAACCGAGUCAUGUGGAAAAAGCUCGAUGAUUGUUCCUGUUUAUCUCUCUCAUACUGUUAACCAACACCAUGAAAUACUAGUGUACGCACUCUUAGAUACUCAGUCUGAUACUACGUUCGUUUUGGACAAUACACGUCAAACUCUUGGACUAUCUGGUGCCGACGUGAAGCUGUCAUUAUCAACCAUGCAUUCACAGAAUUCAAUAGUCGAUAGCUGUAAGAUAGAUGGAUUGAUAGUAAGGGCUUACGAUAGCGACAUGAAGAUAAGGUUACCGUCUACAUUUGCACGCGUCAUCUUACCGGCAAAUAGAGCACAUAUACCUACUGGUGAUAUGGCGAGAAGAUGGCCGCAGUUAGAGAAGAUUGCCAGUCAGUUGAUGCCAGUAAGUGAUUGCGAAUUCGGACUACUUAUAGGUUAUAAUUGCGCCCGUGCAUUGACUCCUAGAGAGGUGAUUCCGACAACUGAUGAUGGACCUUACGCACAGAAAACAGACCUCGGAUGGGGUAUAGUUGGUAUUGUGGAUCCGAGCUGCAUUGAUAAUGCAUUAACUACACAUUCUCACAGAAUGAUAGCGUUUGAAAGCCAUGUAUUAUUUACUAUUAGAAAUUGUACAAAAUUAGUAAGUCCCGUUGAAGUAGCGAACAACAAGUCUCAAGCCAUUCAGAGAUUCAAUCAUCUUCGAAAGCGUUUACGCAAUGAUGCUCGAUACCAAAAUGACUAUUUUAAGAGUAUGGAUGACUUAAUAACAAAGGGAUUUGCGGAGAAAGUUAAACCGUCUCAAUCCGAUAACGAAGGACAUGUUUGGUACAUACCACAUCACGGAGUAUAUCAUCCUCAGAAGCCCGAAAAAGUCCGUGUUGUGUUUGAUUGUAGUUCUAGAUACAAAGGUGAAUCACUAAACGAUUACUUGCUGCAAGGCCCAGACUUAACGAACUCGUUGGUAGGAGUGCUUUGUAGAUUUCGUCAAGAACCAAUUGCAGUAGUCUGCGAUAUUGAACAAAUGUUUUUACAGUUCAAAGUGAGAACUGAACACAAAGAUUAUUUACGAUUUUUGUGGUGGGACAAUUAUGAAGAUCUUUCGAAAGAACCGUGCGAAUACAGGAUGAACGUCCAUUUAUUUGGGGCCGCAUCAUCCCCAGGAUGUGCCAAUUUUGGACUUAAACAACUUGCUAAUGAUUAUGAAGCCGAUUUUGGUUCCGAAGUAUCGAACUUUAUUAGACGUGAUUUUUACGUUGACGAUGGUCUUAAAUCUGUGUCAAACGUUACAGAAGCAUUAAACCUUAUACAUGGUAGUGUAGAAAUGUGCAAUAAACGUGGUCUUCGGUUGCACAAAUUUUUGUCAAAUUCUAAGGAUGUUUUAGCGCACAUAAAAGAAAAGGAUCGUGCCAAAGAGUUGAAUUUAAACUUAUCACAUGAUGAACUUCCUACGACAAAGACAUUAGGAAUUGAAUGGUGUAUUGAAUUAGAUGUGUUUCAAUUUCGUAUCACGCUCAACAACAAGCCGCCUACAAGGCGUGGAAUGCUGUCUACAUUAAGCGCAGUAUAUGAUCCGCUAGGUAUUAUCUCGCCCAUCAUUCUUGUUGGGAAACAGCUCUUGCAAGAUUUAUGUAAGGAUCAAACCGAUUGGGAUACCCCGUUACCGGAAGAUAUCCAGAACAAAUGGGAAAGGUGGAAGCAAGACUUAAUAGACCUUGAAUUAUUGAAAAUCAAUCGUUGCUUCAAACCGGUCGACUUUGGCGAAGUAAAAUUCAUAGAAUUUCAUCAUUUUUCAGAUGCUAGUUCAAAUGGUUACGGUCAGUGUUCAUACGUUCGCCUUUUCAACUUUAAACAACAAGUACAUUGUGCUCUGGUUAUUGGUAAAUCUCGAGUAGUUCCCUUAAAGCCCAUUACGAUUCCCAGGUUAGAGCUUACGGCUGCAGUAAUCUCCGUGAAAAUCAGUGCAAUUUUGAGAGAUGAACUUGAGUAUUCCGAUAAAAAUGUCACUGAGUAUUUCUGGACCGAUAGUAACGUAGUACUAGGUUAUAUUGCGAAUGAUUCCAGGCGUUUUCAUGUGUUUGUGGCUAACAGAGUACAACAGAUUCGCGACAACACCGAACCAUUUCAGUGGAAUUAUGUCAGUUCUGCCGAAAACCCAGCCGACAAUGCUUCUCGUGGAGCUACACCGAUCAAAUUAAGAGAAUCAAAGCGGUUUACGGGACCAGAUUUCUUAUGGAAUGCGGAACACGUAGUCAGAAAGGAAUUAUCGGAUACGUCUAAACCGUUAUUGAAUGACCCGGAAGUUAGAAAAGUUAAAGUAAUGUCUACAAGUACUUGUUUACCUCCUCCUGCGUCCAUACUUGAACGUUUAGAAUACUUUUCAGAUUGGAACAGAGCUAAACAUGCGACAGCUCUUUGCUUGAACCUGAGAAAUGCGUUGCUAGCAAACCGUCCGAAGGGAACCUGUUUAUCCGUUAACGUGGAAGACAUGCGACAAGCUGAACUUGAAAUUGUCAAAAGGGUUCAAGACACUUUCUUCAAGGAAGAAUUACUCAUAUUGCGUUCAUUUGAUUCUGAAGGACCGUUUGAAGCCAACGACUCAGCUAAAGUGCGAAACAAUACUAUGAAAAAGAAAUCUUCUUUGUAUAAACUUGACCCCUUUCUCGACCAGGACGGCAUCAUCCGAGUUGGUGGCCGCAUCCGACGUGCUGAUCUGAGCAUUGAUUUAAAGCAUCCUAUUAUAUUACCUAGACAUUCUCACGUCACCGAGAUUAUCAUGCGCUAUUUUCACAAAAAAUCAUUUCACCAAGGACGUGAAAUUACUACGAACACAAUACGUUCACAUGGAUAUUGGAUAAUCGGAUGUAGUUCUGCUGUUUCGAACCUUUUGUCUAAAUGUGUUAUAUGUCGAAAAUUGCGUAGCCAAACCCAAGUACAGAAAAUGGCUGAUUUACCGGUAGACCGACUAGAGACCGUGCCUCCAUUCACGUACUGUGGUGUUGAUCUGUUUGGACCUUGGUUAAUUAAGGAGGGCCGCAAGGAACUUAAGCGGUAUGGAGUUUUAUUUACCUGUUUGUCAUCGAGAUCAAUUCAUAUCGAAACUGCUAACUCUUUAGAUACGAGCUCUUUCAUAAAUGCCUUGAGAAGAUUUGUGUCUAUCCGCGGACCCGUAAGGCAUCUUCGGUGUGAUCAAGGAACUAACUUUGUUGGAGCCGAAGGAGAAUUUACUAAGGCAAUGUCUGAAUUGGAUUUUGACCGAAUCCGUCAAUAUCUACUUGAACAAAACUGUGAUUUCGUACAAUUUAAGAUGAACGUUCCGUCCGCUAGUCACAUGGGUGGCGUUUGGGAAAGACAGAUACGUUCUGUUCGAAACAUUCUUUCAACUUUACUAUGUCAGCUAGGAACUCAGCUUGAUGAUGAGUCGUUGAGAACUUUAAUGUCUGAAGCAACAGCUAUAGUGAAUAGUCGACCACUUACGUUGGAAAAUCUGAACGAUCCGCUUUCCGUUGAACCGUUGACACCAAAUCAUUUAUUGACUAUGAAAAGUAAAGUUUUUCUACCACCACCUGGAAACUUCAUGAAAAACGACAUAUAUUCCAGAAAGCGCUGGAGACGGGUUCAGUUUCUUGCAAAUGAAUUUUGGAGUCGUUGGAGGAAAGAGUUUCUUUCAAAUAUUCAGUCUAGGCAAAAAUGGAUCGCUCCGAAGCGAAAUUUAUCUGUUGGUGACAUUGUUAUGAUUAAGGAUGACAAUUUAGUGCGAAACAUGUGGAGACUAGGUCGAAUUGUCAAAACAUUCGUUGAUGAUGAUAAUUUAGUCCGAAAAGUAAGACUCGCAGUAGGAUCAACGAAUUUGGAUCGUAGAGGAGUCCGUAAGUCAAAGCUCACCGAACUAGAACGACCAAUCCAUAAGUUGGUCUUACUCCAGGAGACCGAAUAA